AUGGAAAAUAACCGGGUGAUAUUGGAAAUUACACCGGGCAAUAAUUCAAUUCCUGAUAAGGGAAAUCAUUUUGAUGGUCGCUUCCUGAAUUGGAAAAAUUGUUCCGACUUAUGUGUGAUAUUGAAAAUAAACGAUCGUCUUGGAGGACGUCGACGUGAAGGUUAUUUACGUGGUUGUAUGUCCGAUAUAAUACACUAUAAUCAAACAUUGAGUGCACUUGGUGCAACAAAUGCAUGCACUCUUGUUAGGCUACGUGAUUUAUUCAUAUCUACUGAAAGGUAUUUAUUCGAAAGUUCCGAUCAAGUACAAUUAUGUGCAUGUCAUCAAGAUCUCUGCAAUACAGCGCCUUCGACAAUUUCCAUUCAUCUUUUAAUAGUUUUGAUAUAUUUUUUAUUCAUAUUUUUGUGA